CACACACCCCCACUGGGGAUCGAGCCUGCACCCAGGCAUGUGCCCCGACCUGGACUCGAACCCACCCCCUUAGUUCCUGGGUCGGAUGCUCAACCGCUGCGCCACGCCGGCCGGGCUCAGAGGCCAUUGGAUUUCCCCGGGUCCUGCCUUCUGGCCGGGGGGGUCCUCUGGCUCAGCUGGGAAUAUGCUGGAAAAAGGAACCCGUGAUUUCAACCACCCCUGAAACAGGCCCAGGGGCAGCGCUGGUUGUGACUACCCGGCUGAGCCAAAGCCACGGCCGAGGGGUCCGAGAAAGUAAGUGUAGAAGGAGGUGCCGCUUCUUGACUUCCGGAACACCGUGGCCCUCUGUCUGCUGGUUAAUUAAGCGUGACUCUGAAGCCAGGCCUCCUAAUUAAUUUAAUUCUGUGUUCUCCCAUCAGUGGGUAAUUGAAUUAUAAAGGCACGCAGUGUAGCCGCUCAGGACAUUGUGUUGCUGGGAGAAGAGAACAAUCCAGGGAUUGAAAGGGGCCGUGGGGUGGUCACAGCGGGGGCGGAGGGCGAGGUGAGGACUCGUUCCCCGCCGCUGGGCUGCUGGCCCCCACGGCCCCCGCAGCCUGGCCAGGGGCUGCCGGGACAUUCUGACGCCACCGGUUCCUCCUGGCCUCUUGCUGCCCGGAACCAGGAGGGCACCGUGACGCGGGCCCUUGGGGUAGGAGGUGGCCCAGGCUGCCACCCAAGGGUUGGCAUCAGCUCCGCCGGGCUGGUUGGUGCUGGGGAUGUCUUGGGGCGUCCGUGCAUUUUGGCCUCUUUACAGCGGCGGCGUACGCAGGACUCAGGGCGCCGUGUGCAGAGUCCUCACCAAAGCCGAAGGCCCGUCGGGGGCGGACACCCCCCUGGAGCUGGUGUUCCACUUACCGGCCGGCUACCCCGCGUGCCUGCCGGGCGUCUCCGUCGGCUCCGAGCGCCUGACCAGGGCCCAGUGCGCGGCCGUGAGGGACAAGCUACUGGAGCAGGCACAGGGCUUCCUGCCGGAACCGAUGGUCCACCAGCUGGUUGUCUGGGUCCAGCAGAACCUCCGGCACCUCCUCGCCGCGCCGGGGUCGGGAGCUGGCCCUGGCACAUGCCCUGUGGCGAGCGCCACGGAGGCCGAGGGGCCGUGGAUGACCCUCCUGCACUUGGACCACAUGAGAGCGAAGACCAGAUACGUGCGGACCGUGCGGCAGUGGGCCUCCGCCCUGGGGCUGACCGGGAGGCUCAUGUUCAUGGGCAGAGUCAUCCUGCUCCUACUGCAAGGGCACAGGGACCGCGUCAAGGAGUACCUGGUGCUUCAGAAAACCUCCAAGGUCGAUGUGGACUCGAGUGGGAAGAAGUGCCGAGAGAGGAUGGCCAGCGUGCUGUGGGAGGCCAGGGCGCAGCCGGGACACGCCAGGUUCCUGGCAUUUGAAGUCAAAGAGUUUUCAUCGCUGGACGAGUUGCGGAAGGAGUUUGAAACCGCCGGACUGGAGGCCCUGUUCCCCGAGUGCGUCCUCGGGCUGGUGAAGUGAAACGGGAGACGGGUUUUUUGUUGUUGUUGUUAAACAGCUGCGUUUGUUCAUUUCUGUUGUUGGAUUUGCAUUGGAUUUUGGGGGUGGACAACUGGAAGAACUCAUAAAGGAAUGAUUUUAAAGUGUCUGUGAGGCAAAAUGGGAGAUACCAUCCUGCCUUCAGGAACAAAAGCCGAUUCUGUUCGUGGAAUAUUACACAGUAAACACACCCAUGUUGUUCUUUUUUUUUUUUUUUAAAUAAUAUGUUUUUAUUAAUUUCAGAGAG